CAUUCAACCUUCUCGCUCCGCUCUCGGCGCUGUCGAGGGGGUAUCUCUCAGCCAGCGCUCCAACUUCAACUCCCGAACACACUGCAUGAAGCAAUACGUGACUGUGUACUUAGGACGGGGCUCCUUACUUUCAGUGACAGAACGCUUAAAUUUCAGUGCCCGCGGUGCAAGUUUCUGUGAUUUCGUUCGCCCUACGUUUAGAUAUUUUAUCCUCCUUUAAACUAUGAUUAUUUCUCUUCUCUCCUUUUCGAAUUUAAUGAUUUAAACUGAGUUGUUUCACAAUGGCUUCCGUUAAAGACACUGCUACGUUUUUCGUUGAAGGUUCCGCUAAACAGUUCGAGCAUGUAUUGAAAUUAUAUCCUCAAGCGCUGAGGUUGAAGGCUGAAAGAAGAAAUAAGAAACCCGAGGAACUUAUUAAGUUGGACAAUUGGUAUCAAAAUGAAUUGCCGAAAAAAAUAAAAUCCAGGGGCAAGGAUGCUCAUUUAAAUCAUGAGGAAUUAGUACAAUUAAUGAAAUGGAAGCAGUCGAGAGGAAAAUUUUUCCCUCAGCUGUCGUAUUUGGUGAAAGUAAAUACGCCCAGGGCCGUGAUAGCAGAAACAAAAAAAGCCUUCAAAAAACUUCCUAAUUUGGAGCAAGCGAUAACUGCCCUUAGUAAUUUGAAAGGAGUUGGAACCACAAUGGCUUCCGCUCUCUUAGCGGCUGCAGCGCCUGACAAAGCACCUUUUAUGGCGGAUGAGUGCCUUAUGGCGAUCCCUGAAAUUGAGGGUAUCGACUACACUACGAAGGAGUACCUCAACUUUGUCACUCACAUUCAAAAUACCGUUGAAAGGUUAAAUAAAGAAGUUAAAAUUGAGUCUUGGAGCCCACAUACAGUAGAACUUGCACUUUGGACGCAUUAUGUAGCAAGUGAAUUGAAACCUGAACUUUUAGAUUGCAUACCACCUAAAACAACUCAACCCUCUACUGAAAAUGGUGCCACCGAGACUGUGCAUCAAAACGGCGUAGUUACUUCCUCUGCCUUGAAUACACCCACCUCUCAGGAUACUGACCAAUGUUCCGAUGAAAGUAACCUGGAAGCAACCAAUGGGAAAUCAUCAGAAAGGUCACCGCUGCCAGAAGAAACCUCAACGACAUCCUUUACCGAAGACUCUUGUGACAAACCUACAACGCCUAUCAUUGGAUUGGAUUCUCCAUCAACCUGCGGCUUAGAAGAAGAAGAAGAAACUAAUGACUCGCUCAUAACGUCUGAUGUAAUUAACGAAGAUGCGAACCAAGAACCUCCUAUUAAAAAACUUAAAGUUGACAAUAAUGAAAGUAAAGAAAACACGAAUGACAAAACAUCCGAUCUAGAAAAUACCUCAGGCGAUGCUGCAAGCUCUUAAGAUUACUAAAAUUUAAGUAAUUAGUAUAAAAAAUUAUUUUGUAUGUACUAUUGCUGUAACUUUUAUGAUGGACUUAACGGUUAUCGUUUUUAUUUUUUUAUUUAUUCUUGCUUUUCUUUUAUCAUAUUUUUUUUCUCUCUCUUUUCCUCCUUUUUUGUCAUGUCUAUGAUCGGUGGUUCUUUGCAAGUUAUUUUUAUUUAUUAUAAUUAUUAAUAAUGUGCGCUUGAACCACAUCCCACAAGAAUAAAUAAAAAUAAAUAAAUAAGGGAAUAAAAUGAGCCUAUUAGGAAUAAUUACACUAAGUCUUACUGCAAGAACUAUAAAUAAAACUGUAGAAAUGUAUGUGUGUGCAGGCGCAAAAAUUAUCUAGGUCACUCACUUCUCAUGAAUUAUUAGGGGGAAAAAAGAUCUGUUAUGAAACUCCGGUUGAAACAACUUUCUAUACGUACCACUUUUUUCUGACUACCUUUCUCAUCUUCUCAAAGAUUUUAAAUUUUUGCCUUAUCAAUGUUGUACAUGUGUGCAUGUGAAUCUGCCAAAAACUUGAGAUUACAGAAAUUUUAUUUACAAAAAUUUUAGCCACAGGAUCCCUUGUUCGAAAUAUAUUUUAAAAUUGCUGUGUAAAGUUACUUCUCAGUGUGUAAAACUUGUAAAAAUUAGUUUUCUAAAAUGUUUAAUCUCGUCAUAGGAUGUGGAACUCUCUACCCCAUCCCCCUUGUACCUUAAAAUUCUUUGUAUUUUUACUUUUUUAAAAUGUUGAAGUAUUGUAAACUGAAUUAUGUGACACCUCUAAAUAUUUUUAAGCAAGUUGUUGAUGUUGAGAAAUCUUUAAUAUUUAGGAAAAAUUGAAAAAUGGAAGUAUUUUUCCAGUUUAAUUCUAAUUUUCAGGGACUAAGACUCACUAAGUUGACUCCAAAUCUAUUAUUCCUAUUAUUCCUUUCUGAAGGGGCAAUGGCACAAAAUGGCCCACCCUCCGAGAGAAAAUUCAGUAAGAGAAUCAAAGAUUACUGAGUACUUCAAUCCGACUGUAAAUCCUAAGGAACCACAUACAUCUAUCUAUGUUCUUUCAAAGUAAAAAUUCUUGCAAGGAAAUAUUUAUUUUUCAAGGAAAAAUCAGCUCUUGAUUUCUUUUGUAUACGUGUAGCAAACUCCUUAAUCUUAUAACGUAGCAGUUGUAUUUAUUUUUGUCAAAUUGUACAGCUCUGUGAUUUUUGACAACUUCCGCUAUUUUUCAUGAAUUUUUUUCUGAGAUUUAUCAUUGAGAACAGUCUCUUAAAUUUUAAAUUCAUUCAACUUUCCAUUAUGAACUACCCAUCUGUCUGCUGUAAUCACACAGUAAUACUGCAAUUAUUUGACAAUUUGUGGCAAUGUAAAACAUAGUAAUUUAAUUGGGCCCAAAACCUCAUCUAUCGUACCCUGUGCGAUAAUCUAUCCUUGCCGAAAGACUCGGUUUUUGUUGUGUAACUGGAGCAUCACAUAAUCGGUGGUCGAAUAAUCCGGUGAAUACUGUACUACUUGAGGUCCGAAGAAGUCUGCAAACUGUCGCAUUUUGAUGGAUGUUGCAUAUUAGAAGUAUUGCAGAAAUACUACUAUUAGGGAUCUGAUACCCAUCACUUUCUGUUACCCUCAGUUGGAUUUUAUGAUAUAUUUUCACCACAUCGCUUUGUGCUCAUUUUCAAUCUUUUAUUUUGAAUCUAAUGUUUUUAGCGAUGUGCCCGCUUUGUAAGUGAAAAAUGGGCAUAAAUAUCAGAAUAAGCACCACCUUAAAGCACUCUGAGUAAUUUAAUAACGUAAGAGCUUUAAUCCCCCAAAUGUUUUAUGACUAUAUCAUUAUUAUUAUCCCUCUUAAAGUUUUAUCACUCCGCACUCACCCUUUAUUUCUGCCUCUGAUGCGCAUGUUUUGUGAUUCUGCUCUCUCAGAAACAUUAACCCUGAAGGUACACUUUACCACAGGUAUGGACAAACGGGGUGCCGAAGUGGCAGCGCUGAGAAGUGACGUUGCAAGUUGUACUGUCUUUGCUGCGCAGUUCAAAAUGAGGUUCUGGCAGAUCUGGUAGCUUCAAUAAGCUAUCAGAUGAAUCGAAAAAAUUGAUAAAACUCGAGACAUCGAAAAACUUAACUAAGAACACGAAACAAUAACACGAAAUUGAUGAGACCCACUCUCAGAACAGAAAGUAAACAAGUUUUCUAUAUUACGUCGCAGUCGUACCAUUGGACGCUGUCAAAUCUAUGUGAUUCAACAACUUUGUAAAAUCCCUUUGUUCAUACCUGUAGUAGAGUGUACCUUUACCCUGAAGGGAUAAUUUUGUAAAAGUCUUACAAUAGCUUUUCUGGUUGUUGUUCCAGAGUUUAAUAGAUCCAUUGAUUCUUAGGAGGAUGUUCUCAAUAGUCUAUGCAAGGUUUCUGAUGAAUUUUACCAUUAAGAAAAUUAUGAUCAAAUUCUGAACUAUUCUGCUAAUUUUGCAACAGAAGAUUGUCUGACGUCAUUUUCGCAUGAAAAGUAAAUGCAAGGAGCAAGAUAGUGGAUCUUCUGUCGCAGUCUAAAAGUGCAUAAACUUAUUUGGCGAAGACCCUAUCUCAUCAAAAAGAUCUUUUUAUGAUGAGAAAAACAAGUAUCUUUGCAUUGGUGUCAUCAAAAAUCUUCCCUCUAACUAUUAGCAUCUACUAACUUUGUCUGCAGUCUGCUAUUGUUUAAUGCACUCUUUUCUUUGACUCAGAAAAAGACAGGGCUGAGGAUAUAAAAACCCUGUAAUUUCAAACCUUACGCACUUAUGGAUAGAUGGCAAAAUUUAAUAAAAAAAUUAUUCUCGAGCAAGUGAUACAAGUUAUCUAUCUAGGCUCGUCCAUCGAAAGAUACAUUGUAUUUUUAUAACCAAAGGUAGUAUUAUAUUGAAGUCAAGUGGGUUGAAAUGUAAGUUCAUUACUAUUAACCAGGGUAGUGACAUAAUCAAACUGUCAAAUACCUUUGUCAGUCUAAGUGAUAGCUAAUUUUAUCAAAUAUUCUUCUCUUUUGGGAGAGUAAAGUAGAAUUUCCAAGGGUUUUAAGACUUCAAUAAUCCAACAUUUUAAAGGUGUAUUAAAUCAGAACUUGUCCCAGAUAACCCUGAUCUACCAUCCUUGUAUCAGUCUUUGACAUUAAUGCUUAAGUUACAAGUAAGCAAUUUUUUUUUUCUACUUUUGUUUCUUAAUUUCUUGCUCCCCCUGACUUCUUUAUAAGGUGGGACCAUGUCAACUCGAGCACACAAUCAACGACCCACAUCACAAAGGAAAAUUUUGUCACAGUUUUCAAUAGAAACUCGUGUAUUUGGAGAUGAGUGAAUGCCCUUCAUUUUAUUUUUGCCUAAUUAUUAUAUUUUUACAGCAAUCUAGUUUCGUUCCUCUUAUUUUUAUUGGUUUUCCCUCUUUGUACUGUCCCUCUUAAAUUUGUGAGUUGCAGUAUCUGAGAAUCAUUCCAUUUAGGUACUUCGCUAUUUUUCAUUUAGUAAUCAAGUUAGUUUUAUUUCUCUGUAUUUUUUGUGUCCAUGUGUUUCUUUUGGGGAAAAUUUUGAACUUUAAAUCUAAAUUAAAUGAAAUUAACACUUCAGAGACUUUGAUUGUUACAGAUUAUUGAAAAUGAUUGCUCUUAGUACAAUCAUGUGGAAAGAGAUUUUUAAUGCUUUGAUAUUAAACACUAAAUAAAAUCCAAAAUUUUUUAAGGUGAAUUACUGUUCAAUGACUAUUACUUGGUCAGUUUUCACAAUCUUGGCCUGAUUUCAGGUUGAAAUUCCUAUUUAUAUUAAAAUUUUAAGUCCCUAAAUACACUGAACAUUGAAAUACAGAACUAAGAAUAUAGGCUAGGUUUUGUAUUUUCAUCUUGUAGCUCGUUAAACUUUUUUGGCUUUUGAAUUAAGCCAAGAAUUCUAAUGUUAGAGUAGUCUUACCAUUUCUGUCUUUUUGUUGUUUUGAGUUCAACCUAUUUUGCAGUACAAUAGAGGCAAAACAUGCCUAACUUGGUGAAACUCAAAUAAGUGAUCUCACAUGAUUAAAAAUCUAAGCUGAACAUAUUAAGAAAAGUCGAGGUUUCCUUUAUUAGAUACUUAAUUCGAGUUUUUAUAUUGCAUGAGGAUAGAGUUCCUUCAACUGUGAUGUUUUCGACACUUAUCACUUUAAUUUAAAUCUUCCUUUUCAAUAAAAAGAAGGUGAAAGUUGCUUUUGGCUCCGGAGGAUUUGAACUUGGAAAUAAUGGCUGUAAAUGGACUAAAUUUCUGAUCUCUGUUCAAAAAAUUGGAAUUUUUCUUCUUUUAUUGUUGGCUCGUCCCCCUAAAAAUUUGCAGAAGUAGUAUGAUGGAGUUUAGCAGGCUGAUUAUUGAAAUUGACAGACAAAGAAGACAUUGUAAUAUGGAGGGAAUCUAUUGGUUGAAACGGGUGGUUUUUACAGACUGUGGAGGAAAAUGAUUAUUUAUGUACCCAUUGGGCCUCUCAAGGGUUGCUGUUAGUUAUUCUAAUUACUUACCUCCUUUGUCCAUUGUAUCCAAACGCUUCCACCAAUAGAAUCGCUCCAUUUUCCCCUUGGCCUCUCUGCUAUCGCCUUUUGUAUCAAUUUUGAUAAUGAGCAUGCAAUAAUCAAUGUAACACUUUAAAUGCUGAAUCAAAUCGUUAAAAUUGAAUGUGCAAUUGCGUUGUCAAAACUAUUUAAAUUUUCUGUAGGAAACUUGCAUCUGUCAGUGUUGAGUUAGUUAAGCAUCCAUAAUUUUUAGGCAGCAAACUAGUCCUAAUUUCUUUAUGAACUGAACAGCCCAUGAACUCAUUCUAAUUGUGCAGUGCUUAUAGUCAUCAGUUUGAAUGCAAGGAUAAGGGCAAGCAUCAGGAACUGACACGCAAACAUGUCCACAAAUUUAUAGAACUUCCUAAUCAAUUACAUUAUUAAGUAGCGUUAGGAAACUUUCAAUUAUAGUUAAUGUGACAAAUGUGAGCUUAAUUAUUGUUCAGAUAAAGUUUUAAAAAGUUCUUCAAAUCCAUUAAGCUCGAUCCUCUGUUUCCUUAUUUUUUCUCCAUUGUAUGAAGAUAUUUUAUGUACCUAGAAAUAUUUGUCAGCAAAGGUCGAAUCAGAAGAACACGCAAUUCAGAUUUUAGCGCAUUUCCAUGGGUAAAUGAAAGUUUUGUGAAUUUUCAGCAGCAGCAUUGAUAAUCCUCUCGAAAAAUCUAUGCAAAACUUCAGCUAAAUCAGAGAAUUUCCAACAGUCACACAUCGGCCACAUUGUUAGCAUCAAGGAAAAUAUGCUAUGCUGCAGGGAGUUGUCAUGGAUAAUACGCAGCAUGUAAGCCUGUUUUGAAGCGCACUGUCUUUUGCAUCAUGCGAGAUCCUUGAAAAUUUUGGAGAGACCCCUCUCUUUGUCACUAAGGGGAAGGCAUAUUAAUCAUGGAGCAUCAGUAGCCACUGACCACCUCUGUAACCCUACAGAACCUUGAACUUCAAAUCUUCAUCACUAAAAUCUUUCAUAGGUCUACUUUGUUGUAACAUUCGGGAGACUUUAUCCUGUCAGUUUGACAAAUUUUCUCUAUGAAUAUGACAUCCCAAUGCUCUUCCAUGUUUUUCAUCCAUUCAAAUAAAUUUGAUUUUGGCUGUGAAUUCUUGAGUUGACCAGGCAGCUGGCUAUGGAUGUUUUGAUCAGGCUGACUUUUACGCAAAUCAUUGUUUUGACAAAUUCUGUCUCUUGUAAGAAGUUCUUACCAAUAUAUUAAGGCACAAUGGAGCCCUCCCAAGGAAAUAAAAAGUAAAAAAAAAACAUUUCUCAUGUUUUAUGCCAAGAAAAAUUGAAUUGUUCUAGGGUAUCUCUCAUCAAAUUUUUGAAUCUUAAUGGUACUAAAUGUGGAAAGUCGAAGAAUGAUAAAUUUAUCAGUCUAAAACAGGAUUCAGAAACUUGCACUCCCUCAUCAGCUAGUGGGUUCCUCUUAAAAAAAAAAAGAAGAAAUCAUCCUGUGCAAGCACCCGUUCUUUUGUUACCCUUUUGCCAGCCAUGUGAUAGUCAAGUAUAAUGAGAGAGGAGUUUCUGGGCAUACUUUACAUUGUACAUACCCAUCAUAGCUAAACUUUUACCUAGGUGGAUGGAAUUAGCUGAACUAACACUUUCAUUUCAGCUUCACAUCAGUUUUCACUUUGCCUAAUUUCCUCUCAUGUUUAAGCAAUUUUUUGAACAGAAAAAUUAACUUCUGGAAGCUUUUUAAAUUUCUGUAAAUUUACGACCUACAUUAUGAAUAGUAUCCUCACACAUAAGUUUCGAUUUUGCUUAAUUUUCUGUUUAAAAUGUGAAGCAGCAUAGAAAAUUAGGGAAAUCCUGAUAAGAGUCAGUCUAAUUCUGGUUUCAUCAGCCCAAUUGUUAAUCUGAAAAUGAUUUGAACAAUAAGACUUUCAGUUUAAUUUGACAACUUAAUCUUGCUUGACAAGGAGAUGAGCAUCUUGAAGACGAAUGGAAUGAGACAGAUAUCCUUGUUAAGUAAUCCAACAAUAUAAUGAGAGCAUUGCAAAUUUCUCUGUGCUUUUAUCUGAAGUUUUUCUUUAAUUCUACAGUCUAGGUAGUCUUGUUGUGAAAAUGUAAUGCUUCUACUGGAAUAUAAAACUGAACCUACGCACUUGAUAAAGUUUUUAGUUGCAAGGCAACAAUUUUUGAAAUCAGCUUUUCAAAAGGCAAACGUAUUGGGGAAUAAUUUUAUGAUGUAAUAAAAGUUUCAAUCCAUACCUAAAGUUUCAUCUGUAUAGUUGCACCAUAGUAGUACAGAGGUGUUCUGUUAAAGCCAAUUAUGGUUUUUCGAAAUCCAUUUCUGAGUUUGUACACUUCAAUUUGAAUCCAAAAUAGAGACCCCUGUUAUUAUUAAACAUGCCAUUAUAAUGAAUUGUGUUUAUUAAACUUUGUAGGUUUGACGUUCCACAUAUUUUGCAUUUAAAUUGUCAGUCAAUCAUUGAGACUUAAAUCGUGCGGUUCAAGCAAUUAACUUGGUAGAAGUGAUUUUCUUGAGUUAUUAAAAGUAAAAAAUUCUGACUGCACAGUUUCCAAAAUCAUAUGUAUUGUCAUGUAUUCUUAUUUCUAAUUCAAGAUAUGUCAUUGGAUUAGUGCUGCUAAUCUGAAAUUUUAUCCCUUCUCCCCUUUUUUCCCAAAAGUGUAAUAUGUUCUCAAUUUGUAAUUGAGUUGUUCUUCAUCAAAGCUGAUUCCAAAACAGCUUUAUGUUUGAAGGUACUUCAUAUCCUUUAAUUAAAAACAGCCAAUUUACAGUGUAAAAUGUUGCUAUGUAAAUUAAACCAAUUCGACAUCAAUAAAAAAUAAUUUUAAAUAA